AUGCAAGGGCUGAGAAUCACACAAGGAGAUUUCGUUGUCGAACGAAGUGGGAAGCUUAGAGACACCUAUAGGAUUGGGUCAAAACUAGGGGAUGGGGCUUAUGGAAGCGUAAGAAAAAUCACCCAUAGAGUAACUGGAGAGGAAAGAGCAGUAAAAGUGAUCCAUAAAAAAACACUGAAAAACGACGAAGAAAGAGACGCCUUUUUCAAUGAAGUCUCAAUCUUAAGAUCACUUGACCAUCCAAAUGUGCUGAAAAUUUACGAAUUUUAUCAAGACGAUAAGAAUUACUAUUUAAUUACUGAACUUUGCACAGGUGGAGAGCUUUUUGAUAGAAUCAUCAACAGUGGUUCCUUAUCAGAAGCUGUCGCUGCCGAAUAUAUAAGGCAAGUUUUGUCUGUUAUUGCUUAUUGCCAUGAAAGAGGAGUAGUUCAUAGAGAUCUUAAGCCAGAAAAUUUGCUUUUAGACACUGCUGCACCAGAUGCAAACUUAAAAGUCAUUGAUUUCGGCACAGCACAAUUUUUCACUCAUGGAUCUGUCUUGACUGAGAAAAUUGGGACUCCUUAUUACAUUGCUCCAGAAGUCUUAAGAAAAAGAUACAACGAGAAAUGUGACGUCUGGAGUGCUGGAGUUAACCUUUAUAUCUUUUUAGCUGGAUACCCUCCAUUUGGAGGCAAUACUGAUGAGGCUAUAAUGAGAAAAAUAGCUGUUGGGAAAUUCAGCUUCCCAUCUCCAGAGUGGGACUCUAUUAGUUUUGAAGCCAAAGAUUUGAUUACCAAAAUGCUUACAUUUGAUAUUGAGCAGCGUGUUUCGGCCAGACAAGCACUUGAGCAUCCUUGGAUGCACAAUGCAAGCAGAGUUCCAAUUAACCCAGAAGCAACGAGAUCAAUAUUUACAAACCUCCAAAGUUUCAGGACUGAAAGAUCACUUCAAAAAGCCACUUUUGCAUUUAUUGCUUCUCAGCUUUCGACUAAAGAAGAAAGAGAAGAAAUGCUUGAAGUUUUUAAAUCGCUAGAUCGCGAUAAUAGUGGAACAUUAUCGAGAGCAGAACUUGUUGAAGGUUAUCAACGAUUAUAUGGAUAUGCAGUUGAGGAUGUUGAUAGUGAGGUUGACCGAAUUAUGAGGCAGGUUGACACAGAUCAGUCUGGAGAGAUCGAUUAUACAGAAUUUAUAGCAGCCACUAUUCAGACUAAUAGAUUGUUAUCAAGAGAUAGACUGGAGGCCGCUUUUAGAGCUUUUGAUUUGGAUGGAAGUGGAAGCAUCUCAGCUGAAGAAUUAAAAACAAUGCUAGGGAGGCAUAAAAAUUAUAGCGAUUCAGUGUGGCAAGGAAUUAUUAAUGAAGUAGAUCAAAAUGGAGAUGGAGUGAUUGACUUCAGAGAGUUCACUGAAAUGAUGCUUACUCCCCCCCCUCGAAGCUCGACCAAGAUUUUUGGUCGAACUUCGAAGGGGGUUAAGAAAAAUUUUUUUAAAAAAAUUUAAAUAGAAUUUUUUUUUAUAUAAUUUAGUAGUUAAAAAAAAAAAAAUAUUUAUCGUAUUCUUCUGUAUGGUUGAGAGGGUGUAAGGGUGAGAAAAAAUAGUGCAAGAUGGUUUUGUAACGCUUUUUUAGAGAACUUGAAUACAACAAAAAUCGCAAGCUCACCCCCACAUAGUUUUAAAAAUUUUUGAAAAAUUGCUUAUUUUCCUAGUAAAUUUAUAUAGGUCUUGGUCGAACUUUGAGGGGGGUUAAUUUUCCAAAAAAAUAGGAAUUUUCCCUAUAUCUUGGUCGAACUUCGAGAGGGGGAGUUAGACGCAAUUAA